CCUCUAGCUGGCCUUGUGAUAAUGAAAAAAGCUAAAACAUCCAUUUAAUUCUGAGACACAGCAGAUUAGAACUACAUAACUUUAACUCUACAGCAGCAACACAGCACACAUCUCUUUGGGGUUGAGGACUGUUGCUUUACAGCCCCAAUGGAACCAAAAGUAGUUCUCAUAACUGGCUGCUCCUCGGGUAUUGGACUCAGCCUUGCUGUGCACCUCGCAUCCAAUCCUUCCAAAGAAUACAAAGUCUAUGCUACCAUGCGGAACCUGGACAAAAAGCAGCGUCUGUUGGAGACAGUGAGAGGACUUCAUAAAGACACUAUGGUCAUACUGCAGAUGGACGUGACUGAUCAGCAGUCCAUACUUGAUGCUAAGAGGAAGGUUACAGAGGACAGAAUCGAUAUACUGGUUUGCAAUGCAGGUGUAGGUUUGAUGGGACCCCUGGAGACCCACUCAAUAGACACUAUACGUGGAGUCCUGGAUGUCAAUCUGCUGGGCACCAUUCGCACCAUACAGACCUUCCUACCAGACAUGAAAACAAGAAGACAUGGGAGAAUCCUUGUGACUGGUAGCAUGGGAGGACUACAGGGUUUGCCAUUCAAUGAUGUCUACUGUGCUAGUAAAUUUGCAGUAGAGGGCGCUUGUGAGAGCCUGGCCAUUCUGCUUCAACAUUUCAAUAUUCAUGUGAGCCUCAUUGAAUGUGGACCAGUCAACACAGACUUUUACAUGAACCUGAAGAGAACAGAGCUCAGUGAUGACCAACUGGAGAUGGAUGAAUUCACACGCAGCCUGUAUAAGGAGUAUCUGAAGCACUGCCAGUCUGUGUUUCAGAAUGCUGCUCAGGACACUGAUGACAUCAUACAGGUGUAUCUGGAGGCACUCCAAGCACAGACUCCAUUGUUCAGAUAUUACACUAACACAGCCCUGUUACCCAUGAGCAACCUGAAACUCUCGUCCUUGGAUGGCUCGCAGUACAUCAGAGCAAUGAGCAAGCUCAUCUUUUCUCCACCUACUCCUAAUACUGAUGCACAGAUAUAACGUGUCAUGGAGAACAAUUACAUUUGAAAGUAAUUGACAAAAUAAAUCAUAAUCUGAAAGACGUGUACUGGAUAUAAAAUGAAAUAAAACCUGUGGU